AUUGAACUACCCAGCUAUGCCGGCUAGGAGCAGUGGGAAGAGGGUCACGGUCUUUGCGGCACAAGUGAACAGACCCGGUUUCUAAAGUCGAAAGUAAGUUUGGACAAGCAGAAAUCCAUUGUGCCUUUUUGUUGGAGGCUCAGUGUAUGUUUGAUUUCAACUGGUUGUUGGCUUGAUUGCCACAUGCCAAACUUUGCAUUGCCUCAACGAAGGAAGACACGAAGACGAGCAGCAAUAAAUCAUUAUUCCCACAGUGGACAAGAGGGAGAGACAUGCUCAAUGUGAGUUCACCAAACCGACCUUUAAACCCAGUCACGUCUUUGCAAGUUUCAAUUGCCCAUCUGAGUGAUUGAUAGGCCAAGCUGUACUCACUGCUAGGCUUCAGGAGUGAUUCCUUCAGGAGUGAGACUGAAGUCCCUCCAGGAGUGCAAGGGGAAAUGGACGAGCUGAUGCCGUCCCAAAUGGACUUGAAGCCAAUUGGGUGAGCACGGUGAGCUGUGUUCGGCCCUACGAACUUGAAGGACAACUGCACGCAGCCGGUGUCCGCAGCCUUUAAACCAAUAGCAGCCCGCCCGUGCCACGAGACACGUGAGGCCGCGCUACGGCCACAGCCCGCUCCUCUUGGUGCAGGUGAGGCAGCAAUGGCCGGCUAUGGUCCCACCAUCAUUCCCAGGAUGGACGAUUGUCCGAUCACCUCCGCCUCCGACAGCGUGAGUGUGAGCCAGUUUCCAACGUUGACGAGGUACAUCAUGGGAAAAACUGGCGACAAGGAGCUGGCGAUUCUGCUGAUGGCGCUUCAGCUAGCGUGCAAGGCGACCUCCAGGGCCUGCAACAAGGCGGGGAUUGCGAUGCUCUUUGGCUUGGCGGGAGAAGUGAACUCCACAGGCGACGACCAGAAAAAGUUGGAUGUGCUCUCCAACGAGAUCUUCAUCGAUGCUUUGACCAACUGCGGCGCUUGUGCUGUUCUGGUCUCUGAGGAGAACGAGGAUCCGAUCUUCGUCCCGGAGGACAAGGCGGGUCGCUUUGUGGUGGCCUUUGACCCCUUGGAUGGGAGCAGCAACAUCGACUGCAAUGUCAGCACAGGCACCAUCUUUGCCGUCUACGAGAAGAAGUCGGAGAAGAACGCCACGGUCAGCGACAUCUUGCGCACUGGAAAUGACAUCCUGGUUGCAGGCUACUGCAUGUACGGAGCGGCGACCGAGCUAGUCAUCUCCUUCAAAGGCCAUGGUGUGCAUCGAUUCACCCUGGACCCAUCUUUGGGCGAGUUCGUGCACAUCCAGGCACAUGUGCAGCUCCCAGAGGGAGGUGGAAAGAAGAUCUAUAGCUGCAAUGAAGGCAAUAGCCGGAAUUGGGACGCAGCGAUCAAGGGCAUCAUCGGCAAGUGGAAGGACAGCGACAAGCCCUACGCUGCGCGAUACGUGGGAUCGAUGGUGUCCGACGUACACCGGACCAUCCUCUAUGGCGGAGUCUACUUGUACCCAGCAGAUGCCAAGUCUAAGCAUGGCAAGCUUCGGGUUCUCUACGAGGGCUUCCCGAUGGCCUUCAUCAUGGAGCAAGCAGGUGGUGCAGCUUCCUGUGGCAUGUUCAAAGGCAAGAUUCAAAGGCUGCUGGACAUCGUCCCUGAGACGAUCCAUGAGAAGUGUCCCGUGGUGAUCGGCUGCAAGAGAGACGUUGAGGCUGUGCUCGAGGAAUACAAGAUCCAGGGUCUUUGCUAGCCUUGAGCAACUCAGCUGAUUGAGGUGAACACUGUGGCCCUUUUGCCACCAACGUCUCACAGGACACCAGGUUUAACUGUUUCUCUCGACGGAUUUUCCAAGCCAGCUUGUCGAGGAACAAAAA